AGUGCCUGCGAGGUUACUUCAUCGCCCGCCAGAAUUUGUUGUACAAAAGCCGGCUGUACGGCCAAACCAGGACUGUUUCACACGCACCAUGGCCUUGUUACUGCGGUGGGUCACCCAACGAACAUUGCGUGUGGCUCGUUUGGGGUCAUGUGUCAACUUCAGCUCCGAGGCGCAACCACCAUCGACAACAACCGAGUCAACUCUUGCGGAGGAAGCGGCUGAAGGCAGCCGAAAAGAGGGAGGCUUCGCCAAAGCAUACCGAAAACACGGUGAAUCGCUGCAAGCAGAGCCCUCGAACGAGCCACCGCAAACGUUUGCUGCCUUGUUAAGAAACUCCAAGUUUAUCGAUCUAGGUGAUCCUGAAGGAAAAGUUGUAACGGGGAAAAUAUAUCAUGUCGUGGAGAAUGAUCUGUAUAUUGAUUUCGGGUGGAAAUUCCAUUGCGUUUGCACACGACCCGUCAAAAAUGGAGAGGACUACGUGAGAGGUGCACGAGUACGAUUGCGCGUGAAGGAUCUGGAAUUGUCGACACGGUUUUUGGGAUCGAGUAAGGAUCUCACACUGCUGGAGGCAGACUGCCAGCUGGUGGGUUUGAUAUCCUCGCCGACAACUCGGUCACAACAAUCACGUAACACCGAGAUGCCCUAGUAAGCCAUUCUAGAAUAUUACCGCAUUGAUUAGUACAUAAGGAGUAGACCAAAAAUGCGAC